AUCAGAUAAAUUUUACAAUAAGCGACGUAACACAAUUCGAAUUGGAUAGUUACUUUUAGCAUAUUUUGUGGAAAUGGGGACUCUUAAACUGCUGUGUGUGACAGUUCUGAUGCACCAAAUAUGCUUGAUCACUGGGAUAGUGAUAGACCUUCCGGAUGGCAAAGUGGAAGGGACUACAAGCACCAGUAGAGCUGGAACAACGUUCAGCUCCUUCCUGGCUAUGAGGUAUGCCGAACCGCCGAUAGAGGAGUUGCGUUUCGAGCUCGCGCGACCGGUAAAACAAUGGAAUGGUGUCUACGACGCAACAGCGGAAAAGCACACGUGUUACCAAGUGAAUCAGGACAGCGAAAAGGAGAACGAAGAUUGCUUGUUCAUCAACGUUUUCACACCAAAGGACCUUCAGGCAAAUGUCGAAGCCGACAUACCGGUGCUGGUGUUCAUCCACGGUGGCGGCUUCAUCAGCGGAGCCGGUUACAUCAUCGAAGGUGGAGUCGGUCCUAAUUUCUUCAUGGACUCCAAUGUCAUCUUGGUCGCUUUCAACUAUAGGUUAGGGCCGUUCGGUUUUCUUUCCUCUGGUGACGAAGUGAUACCGGGAAAUUUAGGACUGAAGGACCAGGUACUUGCUUUGAAGUGGGUCCAAUCCAACAUUGGCUACUUCGGCGGCGAUAAGGAUAAAGUAACCAUAUUCGGGCAGAGCGCUGGUUCAGCCGCGGUGUCUUAUCACUUACUCAGCCCUCAGUCGCAGGGUUUGUUCAGGGGGGCGAUAUUGGAAAGCGGCACCGCACUGGAUCCCUGGGCUUACCAGCGGGAUCAAGUCGAUUUGUCGUUUUUGACCGCCGCCCGCAUAGAUCUACAGUUCGAGACGAAUAGGAACUCUACUGAUUUGCUGGCGUUCAUGAAGAACGUUUCGGCGACUGAUAUCGAUCAAGCGUCUUACGUUUUGUCCCAAAUUUUAGAAACGUCAGCGAACGUUCAAAUUUCCAAAGGGUUCUUUUACGCGCCUGUCAUCGAAAUUGAACACCCUGACGCGUUUCUAUCCGGCAGAAUGUACGAGUUGUUCGAAAGCGGCAAUUUCAAUAAGGUUCCGGUCAUAAUAGGCAUCAAUUCCGACGAAUCUUUGGGAUUGUUGGAAAACGGAGAUCGUCUAUACGAAAUAUUUCAAGAUUACGACGAUCUGCCGAGAAUCUUGACACCGCACGAUCUGCAUUUGGAUUAUGCGACCGAAAAUACGGUUGGGCAUUUGAUUAAAGAUUUCUACGCAGGCAACGACACGUUCAAGGAUAAUUUGGCUCUUGGCAUUCACUUUCAUUCCGCGCACGAUUUUGAUAAGGCCUCGAUCAAACAAGCCGAGCUGCAGUCUCAGUACGUCCCUGUUUACUUCUACGAGUUCACCUACAGCGGUCCGAUGGGCAAUAACAACGAUAAACUGGCAGGUACUGGAAAUGUGACGCACGCUGAGGAACUCAACUACAUGUUCAGCAAGUGGUACAGUACGGAAAUUCCGGACAAUACGGACCUGACUUAUUUUCCGCAAGAGGACAGGAACGUCCACUACUACUUCAUGACGCUGUGGUCCAACUUCGUUAAAUAUUUAAAUCCGACUCCCGGAAAUGACGAAGUGCUUCAAAACGUUAAGUGGGCGGCCGUCGAUCCAACUCAGUUUAAAUUCCUGAAUAUCGGAAAGGAUCUGGUGAUGACGUCGGGUUAUCCGAAGAGCGAUUCUUACGUUUUUUGGCAAAACAUUUUCGACCAAUACGCGGUCAAACCGCUGGAUACAUUUUCUAUCGAGCAAAGCUCUCCAGAAAUGGCAUUGCUCCGACGUAUCUACGUGUGUCUUUUGUUUUGUUCGUGUUUUUACUUUUGGCACGCCGAUGGUAUUAUCAUCGAGCUUCCGAACGGAAAAGUCGAGGGUAUAACGAAGGUUACGAGAGCUGGAACGACUUUCCACGAGUUUCUAGCCCUCCGUUACGCUCAACCUCCAGUUGGGCCAUUGAGGUUUAAACCGCCUCUGCCGCUAGAACCUUGGACUGACGUCUACAAUGCCACCGAAGAAAGGAAUAUCUGCUAUCAAGUCCAGUUCAAUAAACCAACGGAAAACGAAGACUGCUUGUUUCUUAACGUCUUUACACCCAAGGAUAUAGCUUCGAGCAACGAGCCAGAUCUUCCGGUUAUGAUUUAUAUUCACGGCGGGGGUUUCGUAAUAGGAUCAGGCCUGAUCGAUGAUGGGGGCACCGGUCCUGACUUCUUCAUGAACUAUGACGUCAUUCUUGUCUCCAUUAACUACCGUCUGGGACCGUUUGGGUUCCUAUCCACUGGAGAUUUGGUUAUCCCCGGAAACCUAGGCCUGAAAGAUCAGGUCAUGGCUUUGAAGUGGGUGCAGGAGAAUAUCGCGUAUUUCGGAGGCGAUCCCGACAAAGUAACCAUUUUUGGACAGAGCGCAGGGGCCGCAUCAGUGUCUUACCAACUGCUGAGUCCCACGUCAGCAGGGUUGUACAGAGCGGCUAUCUUGGACAGCGGCUCCGCUCUGUGUCCCUGGGCAUAUCAGAGGUCACAAGUGGAGAUAUCCUACGAGACUGCGGCAUUGAUUGAUCCCAGGUUCGAGACCAAUCGAAACUCGAGUGAUUUAUUGACGUUCCUGAAAGAUGUAGAUGCCAGUAAGAUCGAUGAGGCAUCGGCUGCACUGUCGAUUACAUUGGGCAACUCAGGCAAUGUGGAAAUUUCCAAGGGCUUCUUCUACGCUCCGGUGGUGGAAGCCGACCACGAAGGUGCCUUUCUCACGGAACUGAUGUACGAAUCGUUCGAAAACGGCAGAUUUAACAGAGUACCCAUCCUGAUGGGACUGGUGGCGGAAGAAUCUUUAAUGAAUAUAGGCAACGAAUAUCUAUCAGAUCUAUUCCGGGAUUACGACCAACACCCGACGUACCUGGUACCAUUCGACAUGCACAUCUCAAACCAGGACGAUCUGAGGGCGGUCGGAUACGAAUUGAUAAACUUUUACGGAGGGGAUGUGGGAUUUGAGAACGACACGUUAAGAGGAAUCCAGUUCCACAGCGGAAACGACUUCGACAAGGCCAUCGUGAAGCAAGCGGAAUUGCAGUCGACUUAUACUCCAACGUACUUUUACGAAUUCGCUUAUGUCGGAAUCAUGGGCAAUAAUCCCUCGCAAACGCUGCCUGGAUCAGCUAACGUCACCCACAGCGAGGAGCUGUACUACCUCUUCAGUAGAUACUACAACGAAAACAUCACCGAUAACACCAACUUGACAUAUUUCCCAGUAGACGAUCAGAACGUUCAACGCAGAAUGAUAACCCUGUGGACUAACUUUGGAAAAUACCUUAAUCCGACACCGGAGAAAGACGAGGUGUUACAAAAUGUGACCUGGCCCACAGUUCAACCGGAUUCUUUCCAGUAUUUGUAUAUCGGGAAGGACCUCGAAGUGAAGAGUGACGCUCCCAAGAACUACGAAAUCACAUUCUGGCAGUACCUGUACGAUAGUUACGCGAUACGUCCUUACGAUACGUACUGAUUUUAUUCGUCUAAA